AGCACAGCACUCAGCUAGCUUCUGAAGCUUCUGGGCCCUGCAGUCCCAGCUCUGUGCAAUCCUCUCCCCCAGCAACACCAUGAAGUUCUGCGUGUCUGCCCUCUCUCUCCUCCUGCUCGUGGCUGCCUUCUGUGCUCCAGUGCUCUCAGCACCAAUGGGCUCUGACCCUCCAACUUCCUGCUGUUUCUCUUAUACCUCCCGGAAGCUUCAUCGAGCCUUUGUGACAGAUUACUACGAGACUAGCAGCCUUUGCUCCAAGCCAGCUGUGGUAUUCCUGACCAUAAAAGGCAGGCAAGUCUGCGCUGACCCCAGCGAACCCUGGGUCAAUGAGUACGUGAAUGACCUGGAGUUGAACUGAGCAGCUUCAGACGGACAGGAGGAGCCACUUCAGGAAAGGCCCCUCCGUCCUGACACCUCUCACUGAGAUCUACCUUGCUCCUGACGUUCAGACUUCCUGUCCCUCUUCUUAAUUUAAAUCUUUGUGUAGAUUUUGUUGUUUUGUGUGGUAUUAUUUCUAUUAUUUAUGUUUCAUUAAAGGACAUAUGUCUCCCAUGGAGAUGGUCCACCAUUGCUGUUUCUCUGCUAUUGUGGAUAUAUGACUGUGCAAUUGAUUUCAUGCAUUUUCAUAAUAAAUCUUUCUUUAAGAUAUA